AUGGCAAAGUCUCUUCUCAUGGUAUCGAUACUAGUAUUUUUGAUAGCUAGUCCGAUUUUCUCCCAAGAAAUUGAUCAACAAUAUCCACAAGAGUUACCAGACGAUGUGAACAUAUCUCCAAGUCCAGAUUUCGAUAUUUUAGUGGAAUCUCCCGAUGAAGGUCCAGAAGCCGAUUCACCUGCAGCAAAAUAUGACAUGGAGCUUGUGCAUCAUUACUCGUACAAACGUCUCGAUUAUCUUCAGAACUGCCUUCAAAAGCUAAACUCCAAAUGCGGAGAUGAGAUUUUCAAGAACAUGUUGGAUGAGACGACCACACAAAUAUUAAAGGAUGAAUGUUGUCGUCAACUAGUAGUGAAGCUUGGCAAAGAUUGUCAUCUAGGAUUGGCUCAAAUCAUCUUUUCGAGUUACGAGUAUAAAAAUAUUGCAUCCAAGGCUAUUCCAAAAAGCAAACAUAUAUGGAACGAGUGUGCUCGAAGAGUUGAAAGCCAGACUGGUGUUCCGGUCUCUUUGGAGGACUAA